CGACUCAAGAGACAUCGCACUUGGCUGACCAGUUGUUGCUCUCGUCUUGCCUGACUCUUAGGAACAUGUGAAAGCCAUGCUGGCCACCGAUUUUGCCAGUUUUGGUAAAGGUGACCGCUUCCAUCGUGUCGCCGAGCCAUUUCUGGGAGACGGCAUCUUCUCAACCGAUGGCAAACUUUGGCAUGACAGUCGCAAUCUCAUUCGCCCUUUCUUCGUCAACGAACGUGUCAGGGAUCUUGAAAUAUUUGAGCGUGGCGUGCAAAAGCUCCUGACCAAACUCCCAGAGGCUGGCCAGACCGUCGAGAUCAUGGAUCUCAUCAACCGGAUGACAUUUGACGAGAUUACCGACUUUUUGCUUGGGGCCAGCGCAAACAGUCUCGACGACCCGUCAAACGUGUUCAUGCAGGCGUUCGACACUGUGCAACGAGAACAGAUGCAGAUCUUCAUGAUGUCCCCGCUAGACUUCUUGAAGUCAAAGAAGUUGUAUCAUAGCUGUGUCAAAACGAUCAACACCUUUCUGGAGCCCUACAUCCAGCAGACGCUGUCUCUUCCCACGGAGCAGCUCGAGAAACUGACAAAAUCGGAUCGUGACUUCACCUUCCUCCACGGACUGGCCACGUUCACCCGCGACCCAAAGGUCAUCCGGGACCAGCUCAUCGCCAUCCUCCUCGCCGGUCGCGACACCACCGCGGCCACAAUCUCUUGGUGCCUCUACGAGCUGUCUGCGCAUCCAGAUAAAUACACACGGCUGCGCCAGGAAGUCAUCGACGUGGUUGGGCGGCACGAAGCACCAACGUACCAGACCCUGAAGGACAUGAAGUACCUGCGGUACACGAUCCAAGAGAUUCUCCGUCUGUAUCCGGCCGUACCCGUCAACGUCAAGAUGGCGCUCAAGGACACGACGCUGCCGGCGACGCCCAACUCUGGCCCGAUCGGAGUCUGCAAGGGCGACUCGAUCGCCUGGGGCCCCAUGAACAUACAGCUGCGCGAGGACUUGUAUCCUCCCACCACGGCCGAGUUCGCGGCCCCGCACGUCUUCAGCCCAGAGAGGUGGUACGUCUGGCAGCCGAAGCCGUGGGAGUACGUGCCGUUCAACGGCGGGCCUCGAGUCUGUAUCGGACAGAACUUUGCCAACACCGAGAUCGCGUAUACUUUGGUUCGCUUCCUGCAGAAGUACAGAGCGAUCGAGUUUCGCGGGGACUGGUCUGCCCAGCUACGCACGGCGGAUGUGGUGGCUAGGCCUAGCAUGGGCGUGCCGCUGGUCUUGCACGAAGCCGCGGACGACGAGUAAAACCAGAUUCGGCAAGGUGAAAGGAGCAUGUAACUUUAUACAAGAGUUCUUAGGAGAUCAUCCUUCGGCUCGGGGAUACCCGCAGAAG